AUGGACCCUAAUCAAUAUAAUUUUCAACAAUCUAUGUUCCAUCUCAUGCAAAAUCAGCAAAAUUCUAAUCCGCAAAAUUCUCAAUUUCCCCCACCGCCAAUAAACUCUACCGUAUUUUUUCCGCCACCAAACAACCCAAAUAUUUAUUUUAGACCACAGAUAAAUACUCAUGGGGUGAAUUUUUCUCUUCAUGAACCCGAAACACCAAAUGGGUUUAUGUCUGAACGUCAAGUUCCACAAUUUUCAACUCAAGUUGGUAUUGAAAAUACUACAAUUGAAAAAGAACAAAGGCGUUCUGUUAAAAAAAAAAAACCUAGAGAGGUAUUCACAAGGGAAGAGGAUACACUUCUUAUGCAAUCAUGGCUCAAUGUUUCAAAGGAUCCAAUUGUGGGAGUUGAUCAAAAAGUUGAUAGCUUUUGGUGUUACAAACAAGCUGUUUAUGGAAAAAAAAGUGGGGCAUCAGAGAAAGAUAUCUUAAUCAAUGCGCAUGCUUUUUAUGAACAAGAUGAAGGUGCACCAUUCAAUCUUGAGUAUGCAUGGCGGCUUUUAAAUGAUGAACCUAAAUGGAUGGGAGAAUCCACCGAAAAUUCUUCAAAGAGAACAAAGAAUUCUGUUAGCGGUUCAUACACGGCAUCGCUAAAUUCAGAGACACCUUCAAGUUAUGAGUUAAACUCAUCAUCUCUAAUGGAGCGUCCAAUGGGACAAAAGGCGGCAAAACGAAAAGGUAAGGCAAAGGAAAAUGCAAAUGCAAUUGAACCUCCUUCUAGUGUUAUUUCCGAUACAAGGAAUAAAAGAAUGGAAGUAAUGGAAAAUCUAGCACGACUUAAGGAGGAAGAAAACAAAUUAGUCAAGGAAAAGAUGGAGUUUGAAGCAAUGCAAUUCAUAAUGUCAGACACUUCUAAGAUGAAUGAUAGUCAACGUGAAUUUCAUGAAAAACGUUGUAAUAGCCUAAAAGAAAAAUAUGGAUGGUAA